GAUAGGGACCCUAACUACCACGUGCAGCUUCAAGCAAGCACUAAAAAGGACCCUGGCUUCGAGAAAAGAGCUACUCUCUUGUUAUUGAGUGCACCAGCAGCUACUUUCUUUAAACAUCCGACCACUUGUUUAAGGGACAAAAUGUAAACCCUUCAUUAUAUAUAAAAAUAUCUUAUGAGUUGCAGCAAACAAACAGGCACAAGAUGAAAAAUUACAGGUAGAUAAAAUUGGAUUUAAGGCAAUAAAACAAACAAGUACUAGAAGCUCUCACAUGGUCUUCCCAUCCUUUUCAGUUUUCACUCUGUAAUACUCCAUGUGACAUUCACAUGCUCUCUUUCAAGAUAAACACGUUGUUGUUGCUGUUAGAUAUAGUUAGUUAGUUAGAGUAAGAGUAACGAUACUUACUCAGAUCCUCUCUCCGUCAAGCUAUGAGCAAGUCUCCGUCACCGUCAGGCCGCACCAACCUAGCCUCAUGUGUGGUGGCCACCAUCUUCUUGUUCCUCCUCGCCAUCGUCAUCGUCAUCGUUUACUUAACAGUUUUCAAGCCACAUGACCCCAAGAUCGCCGUCACCGCCGUCCAGGUCCCGUCGUACUCCUCCGCUAACGGCACCGUCAAUUUCACAUUCUCACAGUACGCGUCGGUUCGGAACCCGAAUAGAGGCACGUUCUCGCACUACGAUAGCUCCCUUCAGCUUCUCUCCUACGGCAGGCAGGUCGGGUUCAUGUUCGUCCCUGCCGGGAAGAUCGCCGCCGGGAGAACGGAGUACUUGGCCGCCACAUUCAAGGUCCAGUCUCUCACCUUGGGCCAGGACGGGCCCAAUGGGCUUGAUAAUAGUGUUGGGCCCACGAUAGAGAUGGAGAUGAGGAUUGAGAUAGCGGGCCGGGUUAGGGUGUUGCACAUGUUCAAUCAUCAUGUGGAGGCUAAAGCUAGAUGCAGGGUGGAAAUUGCAGUUUCUAAUGGAUCGGUGCUAGGAUUUCACUGUUAAUUCUCUUUCUUUUUCUAAUCUUUCAAUUUUGUAAAUGUAAACUAGCAUGAUUGUAACAGUGGAAGUACCUGUCUCAAUUUUUAUUGUCAAUGAAAUUUGAAUUUAACAAUUCAUAUAUAUACUAGUUGUAUUUUUGAAA